AUGUCGACCGCGGUGUUUGCCUACAAGGGCGGCCUCUUUACCAGCAUAUCCCACCCGUGGCUCGAGAGCGCAGCGGAACGCACCUCCACGACGCUGGCACGGAGUGGCAUCACGCUCCAGAGCACCUUCAUGCAGAGGACUCUCGAGGUGGACGAGAGCGUGCAGGAGACGUGCCGAGUCUUGGCGUUCGUGAGCGGGGUGCUGAUGCUGGUGGUCAUCCUCUUCAUCUCGCUCUCGUUCAAGCACAUCAAGCGGACAACGGCGAUGGUCUCGGAAGCCACCAGCGUCCUCCGCAAUUCUCCAGGCCUCACAUCGCCCGACCCCCGAACGACCAUAACUCUCGCGGUGCUCGCUGGCUGCGGCACUGUCCUGGCUUACAUCUGGACCGACCCCACCCAUUCAUACGAGGCGACGCUGAGCUGGGCGGAGGAAGCGGCGCGGCGCCUCAAUGGGACAGCAGGCAUACACUUCCAGGUGGACUCGGCGAUGCUCUCCUGGCUGCCCGUUUACGAAUCGGGGUACGUUGCCUUUUGCGGUUUGUGGACGUAUUUCUUUUGCGAGACGAUCUCCACCACCGUCAUCUCGGGCUGUGCCGUGUACUACUAUUUCAUCGACUCGGACACCGCCGGACAUCGUGACGAGCGCUAUGAGGACAACCAGACGAAUCUGGUCACCCUCACGCAGCUGCGUCAGGUGUGCUCUUGCAACCUUGGCACGAUGGCCUUUGGCUCCCUGAUCCUCGCGCUAGCGCUCCGCUCCAUGCUCGAGCUGGUCGAUCGCGUCGCGCAGAAGGACUACGAUGAGGUCAACUGCGUGCUGAGCUACACGCUCAAGUGCUGCAAGUGCUGCCUGCUCUGCUUUGAAAAGUCGAUCAAGUUCCUCACUUCGUACGCGUACACCUUCGUCGUCCUCGAGAAUCGCGGCUUCUGCUCUGCUUGCUUCAUGUCGUACAACCUCCUCUCGGAGUACGCGGCCCAGGUCGCCAUAAACCAGGUGGUGUGUAUCGGCCUCUACUGGAUCCAGAUCACGGUGACGCCGGUCGUCUGCUUUGUGUGCUCCUACAACAUCAUGACUGAUACAAACAACGACGGUGAGAUCGACGCGAGCAGCAACUACGGUCCUCUCGUGGUCAGCGGUGCCAUCGCCACCAUCGCCUUCCUGCUGGCGCGCGCGUUUGCGGCCGUGUACGAGCAGACUGUGACGGCGCUAACGGUGUGCGUGCUGCACGACAUCGACGAGUACGAUCCGCCCUUCAUCUCGCGCCGGCUGUACGAGGCCUUUGAGCUGGAGCCAGAUUGGGAGGAGUUCCGCGCAAAGGGCCUCGGCCGGCAGCGCCGCCAGUACCGUGGGGAAGGGCUGGGCAAAGCGGAUUUGGAACACGAGAAUAGGGGGCCUGGGGACCAAGACAGGACGCCGGACCGCUGGUGGGCGGGCGUCGCAAGGAAGAAAGAGUCUGAGGCAGUGGGUGGCGACGCCGACGGGGAGUCGCGGUCGGAAUAUGAAUCUGCCGGGAGUGCCCGGAGCGAAGCAGGAGGCGCCCGCGACGGUGUAAGGUAA